UUAAUGGCAAAAGGACUAAUUUAGAAAACAAAGUGCUUGGACAAAGCAUAUUUUCACCUGAGGAAUAUAUGGUGGUCAUGAUAGGAAAGUCAAACUGCUCAGGACAAGUAAAUUUUAAUCGAAACGCGUUUAUGGGAAAAAUCAAACCUCCAAUGUUUUGGUCAAGGGCUCUUCAAAGCAACGAAGUUAAAAUGCUUGCAACAAGCUGUGAUGUAUUUUCCACUCCAGAUAUACAUGUAGAGCAGAGUCAUGUGCAAGACGUGCAGUUAAAACAGACAAUUAUGAAGAGUGCAUAACUGGCAAAAGUUAUCGAUUGCAAUGCUUCAAGGAACCAAAUUCCUCAAAAUAUUCAAUUUAUUUACUUAUAUCACCAUGGAUGAGAUCAAACUAUGACGCUGUCAGAGGGACUUGUAUGAAUUUUGAAUAUAAAAUAUUUGGAAAGUCGUCUCAACUUACCGUUUACGUACAACCAAGAAACAUGAAACAAGAGAAAAUAUGGCAAGUUAAAGGAUCUGACCAGUCUUUAGAUUGGAAGAGUGGAAUGGUUUUCCUUGGGCUCGUCAUUGAGUUUAAGGUUAUCAUAAAAGCAUCACUCCUUGAUUACUUGAGUGAAGCUAGUAUUGACAAUAUAGUCUUCAAGGAAAGUGUGUGCAAUCCUCGACCACAGAACGCACAAGAAAUGAGCACAAGCAUUACAAACAAAACCUUUGGAUUUCUUACAUCACCCUAUUAUCCCACAUUUUACCUAAACAAUAUGAAACAGACAUGGGAAAUAAAAGUACCAUUUGGACAGCGUAUACGAGUUGAGUUUGCAUAUUUGGACAUAGAGGAAGCGAAACAAUGUGCAAAAGAUUCAGUUCAGUUUAAGGACGAUGGAAGGUCACAUCAGGAACCAGGGUUUUGCGGACAAGAUCUUCCGCCAAGCUUCACUUCUCAGAAGCAUACAUUGUUGGUGAUAUUCAAGUCCGACAACAAGAACGUUGGUACUGGUUUCAAACUUUUUUAUCGAGCAGUUUCAGAGGAAAUAACUCAUUCGUGCAAAGAGAAAGACAUGCCGGACUGUGCUUCUUCUGUUGUUUGCACUUAUUUGCGAGGUAACAAAUCACAAGUGGUGGUAUCUGCACGGGAUUUAAUGGAAAUACCGUAUAUUUUUCCAAUUGCAACGACUGUUAUACAAUUUGAUGACGGUUCUUUGGUCCGAAUGGUUGCUUUCCAAUUUAAAAAUCUCCCUCGUUUGGAGUAUUUAAGUGUGACAAAUAAUAAAAUUUAUGAAAUUGACGAAAAAGCAUUCAACGGAUUGACGUCUUUAAAAACUCUUCGUUUGUCAUUUAAUUAUAUAUCAAAGCUUCCGAAAAUACUCCUGCAUCAUGUAAAAACUAUGGAGACUUUAGACCUCAGCAUGAACUGGAUAGACGAACUACAUCCCACAUUUUUAAAAUCUUUGAAAAACUUAAAUGUAUUGAGUCUUCGUCAAAAUUCGUUGAAGAUUUUAGAAAACAGAGUUUUCUCUCGAAACAAGAAUCUAAGAUUUUGUAAGUUUCCAGAAAAGGCCUUACAAUAA